AUUUUAUGUAUAUUUUUGGAAAAUGCUGAAGCAGGUAAAUUACAAAACUUCAAUGUAGCGUCACCUGCUUUAAGAGCAGAUUCAGAUACAGAAUUAACGGAUUCAAUAAAAAAAUUGGUUGAUGAUAUACUAAAUGCUGUCCAAACAGGGAAAUUAUUGGAUAUUCCAGGGGCUGUCAUAGAAUUUAUAUCGAAUUUAUUCAGUAAUGUUAUUCCAGGAAUAAUCGGUGGAAUCUUUGGAGGUAUAAGAGGGGGAAAUGCAGAAAAUCUAAGAAUGACUCUCAAUGCAGCAACACCUUUAUCGAGAGCCGACGCAGAAACCGAUUUAAGGAAUUCAAUACAAGGAUUUACUGAGGAUAUACUAAAUGCUGUCCAAACAGGAAGAUUAUUGAAUAUUCCAGAAGGUGUCACGGAAUUUGUAUCCAAUUUACUCAGUAAUAUUAUUCCAGGAAUAAAAGGGGGAAAUGGAGACAGGAUUGUACAGGAGUUGCGGAGGACAAUCCUUUCAAUGAGAGCUGAUGCAGAUUUAGUGCCUGCGAUAAAUCAAUUGGUUAAUCAAAUUUUAGCCGCUGUUCAAGCCGGGCAAAUUGAUAAAAUUGAUGGUUAUGUUACGGAUUUCGUCAACAAUUUAUUGAAUAACAUUUUGCCACCAGGAACUCUAGGAAUGAAAUUGAUACAGGAGAAAAAUUUGAUCUAAGAUUUUAUUAUAAAAGGAAGUCAAAACUCUUGACUUAAUAAAUAAGCUUAUAAAGACGAACGAAAAAGUUAUUUACCAAAUUUCGAUCUGAGUCCUAAUUUCCCAGAUAAUUAUUAAAAUCAGUUAAUAAAUUUAUCCAAUAAUAGAGCUCUUAGAAAUAUAAAGAUCUUUAUCGUUGCAUUUAAUUAUCAUAUUAUUUAUCACAUUUCUAAGUGCUCUGUCAUUGGAUAAAUUUAUUAAUUGAUUUGGUUUAUUAUCUCGGAAAUUAGGCCUCAGAUCGAAAUUUGGUUAAAGAGCUUUUUCGUUCGUCUUUGUUAGCUUAUUUAGGAAUUCAAGUGUUCUGCAGUCAAUUAUAGAACACCUUGUAAUACAAGUAUACCAAAAAUAUUAUUUUAAGCUAAAAAGAUAAUAAUUUUAUUUAAGUGUCACAGUGCUAUAAUAGGCCAUAAAACACCUUAACACCAUGGAAGUAAAUAUUCACAUUCAAACUUAAUAAAAUUUCAUUGUAUAGAUGAUAAUAAUAUUUUUCGUAUAUCAGUAUACUUAUUAGAUUUUAUAUCUGUAAUUGAAAAUAAAUAAAUAAUU